GCCCGGUGUAAUGUUUUGUUUGACAUUUGAUUUACAGCGGGGUGGCAGUUAUUGUUUUGUAAUGUUCCGAUUGUUUUCCAUCCGAUGCUGAUAUGUUGGCUCGAAAUUUGAGCACUUUUGGCGGAGCUGCUAAAACAUUCGCGAAAGUUGUGCCUAGCAAUUUAAAAGGUAAAAGCAAAAGCUCUCAAGAAUGGCUUACCAGGCAGCUGCGGGACCCGUACGUGGAGCGAGCAAAAAUGAUGAACUAUAGGUGCCGAAGUGCGUUCAAACUGCUUGAAGUAGACCAGAAAUAUGGUCUUAUCAAACCAGGCCAUACCGUGAUAGAUUGUGGAGCGGCACCCGGUUCCUGGACGCAGAUCGCUGUAAAGCAUGCAAAUGCCGACGGUGGAAUAGCUGGUAAACCGAAAGGCAAGGUUGUUGGUGUAGAUCUUCUCCAAAUAUAUCCUAUAGAGCAUGCGAUUCUGUUCGGCAAUAGUGACUUCUUGCGCAAGGAAACACAGGACAAAAUUCGAACCAGUCUCGGUGAUCGACGGGUUGAUUGUGUUCUGUCCGAUAUGGCCCCGAAUGCAUCCGGCAUACGGGCAUUAGAUCAGGAAAAUAUAACGACCUUGUGUUACUCUGUCCUACGCUUUGCGAUACUAAUGUCCACACCGAAUGCAUCCUUGCUGAUGAAGGUGUGGGACAAUGGGGAUGUACCGAAGCUGGAGAAAAGUAUACUGGAGUACUACCAAACGGUGAAACGAGUGAAACCAAGGGCGAGUCGUGAUGAUUCUGCGGAGAAUUUCAUUCUAGCUCGUGGCUUUGUAGGCAUAGAGAGGUGAUAAGUGAAAACAAAUGAAAUAGUUGUUACAAUCUUAAACACGCCCCAGUCAUAUAGUGAGUACGAAAGACAUUUUUUUACUGUAAAGAAAUAAAAAUAUUCAAUUCAAAUUUAA